AUGAGGAGGUUUGGCUACUGCCGGGUGGUGCUGGCCACCUCGCUGCUCUGGGUGCUGCUGGACGUGUUCCUGCUGCUCUACUUCAGCGAGUGCAACAAGUGUGAGGACAGCAAGGAGCGCUCCCUGCUGCCCGCCCUGCGCGCCGUUAUUUCCCGGAACCAGGAGGGCCCGGGGGAGAUGGGCAGGGCCGUGCUCAUCCCCAAGGAGGAGCAGGAGAAGAUGAAGGAGCUGUUCAAGAUCAACCAGUUCAACCUGCUGGCCAGCGACCGCAUUGCGCUGAACCGCAGCCUGCCCGACGUGCGGCUGGACGGGUGCAAGAGCAAGGUGUACCCGGAGGAGCUGCCCAACACCAGCGUGGUGAUCGUGUUCCACAACGAGGCCUGGAGCACGCUGCUCAGGACCAUCCACAGCGUGCUGGAGCGCUCCCCGCCGCGCCUGCUGGCCGAGAUCGUCCUGGUGGAUGAUGCCAGCGAGAGAGAGUUUUUGAAGGCCUCCCUGGAGAACUACGUGAAGAAGCUGGAGGUGCCCGUCCGGAUCCUGCGGAUGGAGCAGCGGUCGGGGCUGAUCCGGGCCCGGCUCCGAGGGGCGGCAGCCGCCAAGGGCCAGGUGAUCACGUUCCUGGAUGCCCACUGCGAGUGCACCCUGGGCUGGCUGGAGCCGCUGCUGGCCAGGAUCAAGGAGGACAGGAAAACCGUGGUGUGUCCCAUCAUCGACGUGAUCAGCGACGACACCUUCGAGUACAUGGCGGGCUCGGACAUGACCUACGGGGGCUUCAACUGGAAGCUGAAUUUCCGCUGGUAUCCCGUGCCCCAGCGGGAGAUGGACCGCAGGAAAGGGGACAGGACCCUGCCCGUCAGGACCCCAACUAUGGCUGGUGGCCUGUUUUCUAUUGACAGGAACUACUUUGAAGAGAUAGGAACUUACGAUGCAGGAAUGGAUAUCUGGGGUGGCGAGAAUCUUGAAAUGUCCUUUAGGAUCUGGCAGUGUGGAGGCUCCCUGGAGAUUGUCACCUGCUCCCACGUGGGACACGUGUUCCGCAAGGCCACCCCCUACACCUUCCCGGGGGGCACCGGCCACGUCAUCAACAAGAACAACCGCAGGCUGGCCGAGGUCUGGAUGGACGAGUUCAAGGAUUUCUUCUACAUCAUCUCCCCGGGGGUGGUGAAGGUGGAUUACGGAGAUGUUUCCGUAAGGAAAGCCCUGCGGGAGAGGCUCGGGUGCAAACCCUUCUCCUGGUACCUGGAGAACGUCUACCCUGACUCGCAGAUCCCGCGGCGCUACUACUCCCUGGGAGAGAUCAGGAAUGUUGAAACCAACCAGUGCUUGGACAACAUGGGCCGCAAGGAGAACGAAAAAGUGGGAUUUUUCAACUGCCAUGGCAUGGGAGGGAACCAGGUGUUUUCCUACACGGCGGACAAGGAGAUCCGCACGGACGACCUGUGCCUGGACGUGUCGCGGCUCAACGGCCCCGUGCUCAUGCUCAAGUGCCACCACCUGAGGGGCAACCAGCUCUGGGAGUACGAUGCUGAGAGGCGCACGUUCCUGCACAUCAUCACGCAGUCGUGCCUGACGCUGGGCAGGGUGGAGGACGGCUCCCAGGGCCCCACGGUGGAGGCCUGCGACGGGAGCCCCCUGCAGAGCUGGAUCCUCAGGAAUUACUCCCGCCUGGAAGUCUUUAGGAAGGUUUACUCCAGCCCCACGGAUUAUUUCCUGUAG